UAUGACAGUUCCAAAAUAUUUUGGUUAUGUUGUUGAUCAUGUUGAUUGAUUGGUUUGUAGAUGUUGUGAUCAUACUAAUUAUUUGUUUUUUAAUCGAAAUCGCUGUGCGACUGUCUAUCUAUAGCAUCGUGAGGGCCUCGGAGCUCCACCAAAAGAUUCUGUGACACGUACAUUCUUAUUCACAGUGCUUCAGACUGAACAUAAUUAUUGUAGGAUCUUGCUUUAGGUCUUACCGGUUUUAACUACUGUAAAAUAUGUCCAAAUUAACUGAACACGACCUAUAUGGCACCAAUUUCUCUAUAGAAUCGGUUAAGGUGAUAGCAGAAAGUAUAGGUAUAGGUUUUUUAGCAGAUGAUGAUGCAGCCAAAGAACUUGCAGAGGAUCUUUCAUAUAGAGUGAAACAUAUAAUUCAAGAUGCUGCUAAAUUCAUGCACCAUGCCAAGCGUACGAAAUUAAUGCCUUCAGAUGUGGAUGCUGCUCUUAAAGUCAAGAGCUUUGAGCCCCAAUAUGGUUUCCAAGCAUCCGAACCUUUGCCAUUCCGAUUUGCCUCAGGAGGUGGUAGAGAACUACACUUUAUUGAAGAAAAAGAAGUUGAUCUGAAUGAUUUACUGCAGAAUAUGAACCCUAAAGCUCCCUUGGAAUGCACACUCAGGUCCCAUUGGCUCUGCAUUGAUGGUAUUCAGCCAACUAUACCUGAAAAUCCCCCACCUGCUACAAAAAGUGCGCAAAAGGUACAAAACAAAGAAUCAGUUGACCCAGCAAAUAAAAAACCAGUAAAAGAAACAUCUGGAAAACCAACAACAGGCAAGCAAAAACUGAGAAAUGUUGAGACUGUACAAAUCAAACAACUAGCGACGCAUGAACUGUCAGUAGAACAGCAACUUUAUUAUAAAGAAAUUACGGAAGCUUGUGUUGGAUCUGAUGAAGGCAGGAGAGCUGAAGCUCUGCAAAGCCUUGCAUCUGACCCUGGUCUACAUGAGAUGCUGCCUAGGAUGUGUACCUUCAUUAUAGAAGGUGUGAGAGUGAAUGUUGUACAGAAUAAUUUGGCUCUUUUAAUUUAUCUUAUGAGGAUGGUGAAAGCCCUUCUAGACAAUCAAUCACUUUACUUGGAAAAGUAUCUUCACGAGCUUAUCCCCUCGGUGACAACAUGCAUCGUCUCGAAGCAACUCUGCAUGCGACCUGAGCUCGAUAACCAUUGGGCACUGCGGGACUUCGCCUCGCGCCUAAUGGCGCAGAUCUGCAAGAACUUCAACACGUCGACCAAUAACGUGCAGACGCGCGUCACGCGCAUGUUCACCGGCGCUUUGCAGCAAGCGGACAAGGUGGCGCUGUCAUCGCUGUACGGUGCGCUGGAGGGAUUGGCUGAAUUGGGAACGGAGGUGGCCAGGAUAUUCAUAUUGCCCAGAGUCAAGAGUAUAGGCGCUCGUAUCGAGUCAGUGGAAAUCAACAUGGUACCAAAUACUGACAAAAUCGCUUCAGGGCACAUUAAACAAUUACUGGUCAAGGUUUUAGCCCCUAUCUUGCGGUCAACACGGCAACCUCCAGACAACGUGGACGAGUAUCGACAGGAUUACGGCUAUCUAGGCGGAACCCUACACGCGGCCGUGCUAAAGGCGCGUUCACAACCCGUGUCAGCCGCUUCAUCAUCGAGCAACGUUAUCACAUCGUCCUCAUCGGCAACAACGUCAGCGUCAUCGUCUUCAGCUGUUUCGGCAGUUGCUGCCGCAGCUAACUCGAUAUCGCAGGGGUCUGCUGCAAAUAGGAUGGUUGUCACAUCGGGGGCAGCCACGAUAGAAAGACAAAACUCGGGAGGCAACCGUAUGAUCGUGAUGACACCAGGAAGCAGAGUGCAACAGUCUCAGUCUGGCAACCAAAAAUUCGUUUAUGUGACGCAAAAACAACAAACGCCUGUUCAAAGGGAGCAACAGGGCGGCUCAACGGGAGGAGGAGCGAGUACCGGUGGUGGGGGGAAUACUCAAGGUGGAACGGUGGUGAAAUUCGUAUCAAACCAGCAACAACCUAAAUUGCAGACACAACAGAAAUUGGUGAUGGUGUCUACAGCAGGUGGUCAGAGCCAACCACCUGCAAUGCUGAUAUCAAAGCAGAGCUACAUACAGCAAGGACAGCAAACGCAACAACAGCAACCUCCUAUCGUGGACGAUUUGUCGCAUCUGACGUAGAGCAUAUUUUAUUUGUACACAGUAAUUUUAAGUUAAUAAAUGGUUUCUAUAUCGUAUUUUAACAUA